AUGGCUAUCCUGGUAGAGGAGCUAGAGGACUCCUCCAUGCAGAAUGCCGAUUUGCCCUCCGUAGACGACCUACUCGACAACCUCUCAAUUCCAUCCGCAUACGCGCGCUACAACACAAUCGAAGAAGAAUCCACCCUAUCUUCGCUCGCCGCCUGGAAAUCCCGCGCCCUUUCCGACUUGCAACAACUCCGCACCCUCCUCACCCAACUCACCACCGACAUCCACGACACCGCCCGCCUCAUCCUCACCGUCGUUCCCUUCACCUCCGCGUCAAGAGAAUGGACCUCAUCCUCCCUCCACUCGACCGCCACAUCCAUCCUCUCAACUAUCUCGCCCACUCCCGAACUCCUCGAAGAGAUCUUCGCACAUCAACUCAAACCCAUCUUCGCAAAGACGCCCCAUCCACUGCUAAACGCCGAUACCGGUCGCAAGUUGUCUAGACCGCUGGGCGGACCUUUGGCCGCGCAGGACUUGUACGAAGGGCAGGUGUGGAAGUCGUACCCUGGGAUCGGGGAGGUCGUGUUAUGGUGCGUUGAGCGCGUCUCGACGGAGAUGUACGAACGGAUGUGGUUUCUCAUCGUACCGCCAGCUAUGACGCUCUUGGACGACUACGAGAUAGCAUGGAAGAUCGACGGCGUACGCGUUGCUCGAGCCCUCGUGCAUAACGCGCCGCCCGAGUUACUGAAGAGAACCGGAGUAUCCGAUCUUCUCUACGAGUCCUUCAAACGCGCAAUGACGCUCCUCCACGAACCCCAAACGCCCCUCCUCCUCCGCCUAUCAACCUCAACAGCCAUCUCCCUCAUCCUCGCUACAACCCCCGAAGGAUCCGAAGCCCGCUACAACCGCCUAUGCGGCUUACUAGGCGACGGUAUAAUCGGCAGUGCCUGGAUGCACGCCUCUCGCGAGCCCGAGACAAUCCAGGCCAGUAUUGAAGUUCUACCCGAGAUCGUCGAUGCGCUUGGUAUAGGCGCUGUGCGGUAUCUCAAGGCGCUGGUGCCGCAGCUCUGCCACCCCCUAUUACCCGACCCUGCUAGGAAAUCCGCGCCACAACUACAGCUCGCGUCUCUACACGCGCUAUCUUGCGUGACAAACAACUGCGCUCCGAGGAUACACAAGUGGAAGGGCGCAAUCUUCGCCGCAAUCGCGUCGUGCGUUGUGUUGUUGGACGACGCUGAGAAGGCCGGAAAGCCUCUACCCGAGGCCCAUGAUCUUCGAGGCGCCCUUCGGGAAGCUUACACCAGGCUCGAGAGCGCCGCUCCUGACGUACGAAAGGACUACGAAAGGGUACAUGAGCUCGACGCGAGGUUGUUUGAUGAGGUUCUCCCGCUGCCCGUGGUAGUGGGUACAUGA